AUGUUAGAUAAGGUCCGAAUAUGUGGCGAAAAUAGGCAAACAGGAACCUUUUCAAAGCAUGAUUGGACUGACAUUAGGAAGCAGUUUCAUAAGAAGUUUAGGUUGAAAUAUUCUUUGAAGUCGUUCAAGAAAAAAUUCACCAAGUUGAAGGAAAAGUACAAAGAUCAUAAGAAACUCGUGGAAGAUAACACCGUAUUAGGCUGGGAUCCUGUUUUGUGUACCGUAGAGGCCUCAAAUGAAUGGUGGGUUGAGCAAGUGAAGAAUUUUCCACAAACAAAGGUGUUCCGUGUCUCUGGUUGCCCCGAAUAUCGGAAGCUACAAACUAUAUUUGGUGAUACCGUGGCAACGGGAAAUCUUAGACAGACACAAGAAGGUGGUUUUUCUUCUACCGAUGGUGAAGAUGAGAUAGAUAUGACUGAAAAUGGAAGUCCCACGCAACCAUUAGAUACAUAG